AACCAAUCAAAUACAAGGGACAGAAUGAGUGACCCAGCAUUAGCCAAUGAUAUUUAGAGGGGCGUAUACUUCAGAAAACUUUCCAAGAAUAUCAGAGUUCCAAACUCUUGACCACUAGGUCUAUGAGAUAAAAUUAUUAUAAAUUUAGCUACAAUUUGAUUCUAAAUCAGAAGCUGCUGUAAUUCAACAGAGAUACUACUUGUUAGAGAUACUGCACAAAAGUAUUACAAGUUUUCAUCAGAAUACUAUAUUCAGCUCUCGGUGAAUACAACAAGGUGUUGUUAAGGACAACCUGAUAGUCCGGGUCUUGGGAUUCCACAUUGGCAAAAUUGGAAUCGUUAUAAAUCAGUAACACCAACGAGAAGUUGGUGUUUAGAUUUAUGAUCUGUAACUGGAGUUAAAGAGACGGGGACGGAAUCAUUGGUCUAGGUCUAUAUCCAGGAGACAGGAGCUGACGUCAGACAGAUAGUCAUCGUCAGGGAACUCAAGAGUGAAACCAAGAAUCAAAGAAGAAGAAGAAUAAGCUAAGCAUCGUCAUUAUCAUUGAAUUGUAGAAACUGUUAAUAUUUCAUAUGUUUAUACUUCGUUCAUAAUCUGUAACCCUUGUUAGAGUAGUUUGUUGUAAUAAAGGUUUUCAUAAACCUAAUUACUGGUGUGAAUUGGUAUUCUGUUUAACAAGUUUAUAAGAGUCUGUGGGGUGGAAUAACACUGCAGUUAAAACGAUCCCAUCACAAGGUGGAUCAAGUUCAAAUUGAAAGUAGACCCUGUGACAUUUGGUGGAGAACCUGCGGGCAGUGUUUUAAUCCACUAGUAAUUAAUUACUAAAACAAGGAGUGUUUUGAACCUCUUUACAAAUUCCCAAAACAGACUUAUAACUUGUGACAGGAAACCAAAGCAAACUUUGCAAGUUCCAGCUAUUAUAGUGUUGACAGAAUUAUACCACUUCCAGCCAGACCAUACUAAUUCAUUGAAGGUUAACAGUGGUUGCCAUAACAACCGGUUUCAACUUUGUGUAGUAGUAUUGAGGAGGGAGUUUAACACUAGUAGGGCAUCAUGGAAUUUUCUCAAUACAUGGAGCUGGGUAAAGAGGCAGGUUUGUCUGGCAAAGAAUUGAUAGACUUUGCCAAAGAAAUGGAGAGUAAACAAAGGGAUGAGAGACGAAAGGAAAGGGAACAUCAAAAGGAACUAAAAGAAUUAGAGCUAAAGCUAGCUAGUCAAAAAGUUCAAGAUGUUAAAACAAGUUCUCAUCCAGGUAGGGAUAAUUUGAAUAUCAAACUUCCCUUGUUCAAUGAAAAGACUGAUGAUAUGGAUUCUUUUCUUAGACGAUUUGAAAGGUACGCUAGAAGUUUAAAUUGGGAAGAGUCCCAAUGGGCUUUGCCCCUUAGUACUUUAUUAACUGGCAAAGCGUUAGAGGUAUAUUCCAGGAUGCCUGAUGAAGAGGCAUGUGAAUAUGACACUCUGAAGGCAGCACUGCUGCGACGUUAUGAUUUAACAGCAGAAGGGUUUAGGAGUAAAUUUAGGUUUUCGCGGGUAGAAGCCGGUGAAACUUAUACACAGUUUGGAGACAGACUAAAAAGGUAUUUGCAUAGGUGGGUUGAGCUGUCAAGUAUGACAGAAAACUUUGAGGGCUUAGUAGAGCUCAUGACUGUAGAUCAAAUCUACGCAGGCUGUGGAAAAGAAAUGAAACAAUUUCUGAAGGAAAGGCGUCCCGAGGGAUUGGGGGAUUUGACAAAACUUGCCGAGCAAUAUUGCGAGGCCCAUCCUAACAUGAAAGAAAACAAGGCUAAGGACUCAAGCUCCAAGCGCCCAGUAAAUGGACAGGCGACCUCUGGAGAGCAGAGGAAGGGGCAUAAAUCUGGGUCAAGUGGAUGUUUUAUAUGUGGGAAAGGGGGGCACUUAGCAAAAGCUUGCCCAAGUGCAGCAAGGUCAAAUUUCAAGAAAGGGGCGGCCUUAGAGGAAAUACCCUCAAACUCAGAGGAGAAGGGGGGUGCCUGCAAAGAAAUGAACACAGUCAUGUACUCAGAAGCUCGGCAACCAGGCUCUUAUGUAAAAUUGUCUAGUGGGGACGAGUUGCCCUUACUAGAGGCUGGGGGAGUCUCGGGGACUGUGAAGGAUGAAAUGCCUGUCGUUCAAGGCAAGGUAGGGGGCAUAUUGUCUCUGUACUUAGGGAUAGUGGAUGUAGUACGACGAUUGUAA